CUCACCCCGCCAGGCCUGGACUGUCCCCCCGACCCCGGCCAGGGCUGCGAUAAGGCGGAGCAGGGGGACAAGUAGGGCAGGGGGUGCCGGCUGUCAGGCCCAGCUGUGCCCCACACUACCCGCGGCCCCACAUUCCAAGAGGGCCAAGGAGCCUGACUGCUGCCCUCGGACCCCCCGGGACAUGUCCCCUCGCCUCCCUGUCCCUGGGCAUUUUGGGGGUGCAAGCAGGCCCCAUCUCCAAACGGGGCUUGUUCCCCCAGAGCCCCCCCGGCUGCCCAGCACUGCCGGCUGUAACCGCAGCCGGGCCGUAACCCAACUCCCUCGCGUCUGGUCUCCCCCUCUCUGGGCGCUGACGGCUGGCGGGGAGACAGCAGGCGAGGACGGGGCUCUGGGAGCAGCAGCUCUGGGGGUGGCUGAGCUGACAUCGGUGGGGGAGAGACCUUCGAGCACGGCUGUCCCCUGUCCAGGUGCUACAGGGCUGAGGCUGGAGCCACCAUGAAGAGCCUGAGGGCCAAGUUCAAGAAGGCAGACAGCCAGGACUGGACCAAGAACGAUGAGAAGCUCCUGCAAGCUGUGGACUACAAUGAUGCCGGGAAGGUGACAUCUCUCCUCGUCCGCAAGGGCCUGGUCCCCACCAAGCUGGACUCGGAGGGCCAAUCUGCGUUCCACCUGGCCGCCAUGCGGGGGAACGUGGACUGCCUGGAAGCCAUGCUGGCUCACGGCGUGGAUGCCAUGACCAAGGACAGCUCGGGUUACACUGCCCUGCACCUGGCAUCCAAGCAUGGCCACCCACAGUGCGUCAGCAAGCUGCUGCAGGCCUCCUGCCCUGUGGAUGUGGCCGAUGGCAGCGGCCGAACAGCACUGCAUCACGCAGCGGCCAGUGGCUGCAUCUCGUGCUCGGAGAUCCUCUGUGAUUUCAAGGCUCCCUUGAACAUCAAGGACAAGGAUGGCUCCACACCGCUGAUCCUUGCUGCCAAGAUGAGCCACUCGGAGCUCUGCCGGUACCUGCUGCACCGCGGCGCGGCUGUCAACAGCCGGGACCUGCAGGGGAGGACAGCCUUGAUGCUGGCCUGCGAGAACGGCAGCGUGGAGACGGUGGAGGUGCUCGUCAAUGCCGGUGCCCGAGUGGCCGUGGUGGACUCCACAGGUCACGAUGCUGCACACUACAGCCUGGCCACAGGCAACGCUCUCAUCCAGCACUUCCUGCAAGAGGCUGCUCAGCGCCGGUCCUGGGCCAGCGAAGAGGAGUCAACUGAGCAGACGUCCCAGACGUCUUCACCCAGCCAGUCAUCUGUCAGGGAGAAGAGCGGCACCCCAAGGAAGAGAAAGGCCCCUCUGCCUCCCCUGGGCACCCCCAGCCAGGUGAGCCAUUGCUCCCCCUUGGCUCCCCAUCUGUACCCUGUUGGUAGCCAAACCGUGGCCAGCUCAGGGAAACUUUUCCAGCUUCACCCACCCCGGCAGUGGCAGGGAUGCUCAUGGGCCGAUCUGAGCUGCACCUGA